CUAGCGUGUUCACUGGACUGAUGUUUAUUACUGAUGUGGCAAUUUUUUUGUGAAAAAUCAUGAUAGGUGGAAAAGGAUGGUGGGCUGCCUUGGAGUGUUGUUCAAUCUCUGAGCCUUCGGGACUUUGUUCAGGACCUGGGGCUCCAUGACCCGGGGUACAAAGGUGAUCAAUUCACCUAGACUAACAGACGGAUGGGGGCUGCGUGUAUCCGUGAGCGCCUGGAUCGAGCUCUUUGCUCACACCCUUGGAUUGAUCGUUUCCCGGACACCUUGGUAAAGCAUUUCACGGAUCAGGGUUCUGACCAUCGUGGCCUCCUUCUCUCGGACAAGGCCUACACCCGCAACAGCCGCCCCCUCUUCCGAUUUGAUGCCCGUUGGGCUGAUAAUCCUGAAGUUAGGGCUAUGGUUAAUUAUGUCUGGAAGGAGGAAAUACAAGGAACCCCUAUGUUCCGCCUUUGGGAGCGCCUCAAACGGCUUCGCCAUUUGCUAUAUGAUUGGAGUAGGGCGGGUACUACUAAUUCCUUGCGGAAUAUUAAAACCCUGCAGGCGGAGAUUGAGCGGAUUAAAUUGGUUCAUCCAGUCGAUUGGGACGAGGUUAGAAACCUCGAGUUUGAGCUUAAUCGUCAAUGGGAGGCGGAGGAGAUCUACAAGCAGCUAAAGUCCAGGGUCCGGUGGCUGAAAAAGGGGGAUCAAAAUUCCUCCUAUUUCCAUACGGUUACUCGUGCUAGGCGAAAGCGUAAUUUCGUAGCUGGUCUCCGUAGUGACAAUGGGGAUUGGGUCACUGAGGAACUAGGGAAAGCAGAUAUUGCCACAAACUUUUACCAGUGUCUCUUCACCUCCGAAACGCACGUCCCGAAUAUGGCUGAGCGGGUAGAUAAUCUCCCUAUUUCUCAGAGUAUUACCCCCUGAGAUGAACGCUGCCUUGACGGCUGAAGUCCUACCCAGUGAAGUUCGAAAAACUGUGUUUUCCAUGGGUUCAAAGCAAGCCCCGGGCUCUGAUGGGUUUACGGGAAGUUCUUUAAGGCUUUCUGGGAUGUAGUAGGGGACUCAGUGAUUGCAGUAGUUUGUUCCUUCUUUGAGACGAUUCGGAUGCUUAAAAGCUUUAAUCACACUUGGCUCACCUUGAUUCCUAAGGUGGAAAAAGUGGAGACUAUGCGGCAAUUACGUCCAAUCAGUCUGUGCCAAUUUGUUUACAAAAUUAUAACGAAGCUUACGGCUGAAAGACUGGCAAGCAUCCUUCCUCAAAUUAUCUCUGAGGGUCAAAAUGCUUUUAUCCGCGAACGUCAGAUAAUUGAUAACAUCCUCCUUGGACAUGAGUUAAUGCAUUAUUUGAAAAUCAAAGCUCGAGGAAAGAAAGGGUACAUGGCUCUAAAGGUUGACAUGGAAAAGGCCUAUGAUAGAGUCGAAUGGCCAUUUCUCCUCGCAGUUAUGAAUAAGAUGGGUUUAACUAUAUCUGGCAGGGGUGGAUUCUUGAGUGCCUCCGGUCCUCUUUGUUGGAACAAGCUAGUCAAAGGCCACUUGAGAAGGAAAGAAGAUCAGGAGCAAACAUGGAAAGAAGGAAGAAAAUAAGAGGAUAGAUCAAAUUAAGGAGAUUUGGUACAACAAUGCAAAUCAAAUCAGAAGAUGGAAUCUCAAGCAAAUCAUCACUAAUAAGGGAAGGUAUUUGAAUUAGCAACGGUUACUUGGCAGCCUAUAAAAGGCGAUUUGAAGGAAGAGCAAUGGAACCUUUUCGGAGAUCAACAAAGCUAGCUAAGUCAAAAGGAGAUUUUGUGAGAGAGUAGCAAGGUUGAUAGAAAAGGGGGUUUCUCAAAGGGUUCGGGGAGAAUUGCUUUGAGGGUUAGUGUUGGGGAAACACUGUUAAGAGUUGCUGGGGAAGCAAUUCGGGGUUUGAGAAGAGAGUGUUUGAUCAAUCGGGCUGAGAUUGAUCAAAGGGUUCUUGGGUAGAUAGAUUUACAUCGAACUUCAACGAAAUAUCUUUAGUGAAUCGUCAGAGAUCACACAACAGUGAGUCUCCGACAGUGGAGUAGUCAGUAUUGGGAUCCUCAUUCUCCCAAUACUGGAAACCACGUAAAAAUCGUGUGUUGGGUUUGUUUUCUGCUUUUCAAUUUCCAGUCUGUGUGUCCCUCUGGUUGUGUUCUGUUCCAGGUCAGGUUGUGCAGGGGAACGCGAUCCAGGAGAAGCCAGGGAAGGCGACGUACCUGAACAAGAGUUGAGGAACUCGUGAAGCUGGACUUGACAUAAUUGGGUUCAUUCUUGGCUGAGUUUAUAUUACUGUUUUCUUAACUUUUCUUGCUUUGUUCUUCAUUUUGAAAGAAGCAGAUUAACCUUGGGUCGAAGGAGAGAGUAGGAGGGAACACCGAACUUGAAUUUAAAACACCGUCGUUUUGUUGGGUCAAUUAAAGACUGGGUUGGUUCGACCUUUUAGUUGGGCUGGGUUUUACUAACUUGGUUUAUUUCUCCAGCGGGUAUUGAUUAGGUGGGCUUAGAAGCCCAGUCAGCCAAAAACGGUAGGCUUUAAUUGUGAGCAUAACUGUUAGUCUUGGUGAAGGUUUAAUUCGAGUGAUUAAACUAAGUUAAUUAAUCAGUGUGUAGAGUUUAGUCCGAGGACUGAGCUAGCAGACACAUUAAGUGGAAUUAACCGUUGCUUAGCUG